AUGCCAUUUUCAAUUGUAUCUGUACCAACAGUUCCAUAUAAGGAUCAGAAACCGGGUACUUCCGGUUUACGUAAGAAGACCAGGGUUUUCAUGGAUGAACUUCACUACACAGAAAACUUUAUCCAAGCAACGAUAGAAUCAAUUCCUAAUGGUCCAGGAGGGGUUACUUUAGUAGUUGGUGGAGACGGUCGUUUCUACAAUGAUGUUAUUAUGAACAAGAUUGCCGCUGUUGGUGCUGCUAACGGCGUUAGAAAGUUAGUUAUUGGUCAGGGCGGUUUACUUUCAACGCCAGCUGCUUCUCAUGUCAUCAGAACAUAUGAAGACAAGUGUAGCGGUGGUGGUAUUAUUUUAACCGCAUCGCACAAUCCAGGCGGACCGGAAAAUGAUUUGGGUAUUAAGUACAAUUUGCCUAAUGGUGGACCGGCUCCAGAGAGUGUUACUAACGCUAUCUGGGAAGCGUCUAAAAAGCUAACUCAUUAUAAGAUCAUUAAGGACUUCCCUGAGUUGAAUUUGAAUAAACUUGGCAAAAAUCAAAGGUACGGGCCAUUAUUAGUGGAUAUCAUUGAACCAGCAAAGGCAUAUGUUCAACUUUUGAAGGAGAUUUUUGAUUUUGAUUUAAUUAGAGGCUUCUUGAAGGAACAGCGUAGAGUCAAGGGAUGGAAGUUGUUGUUUGAUUCUUUAAACGGUAUUACAGGACCAUAUGGUAAGGCCUUAUUUGUUGACGAAUUCGGCUUACCAGCCGAAGAAGUGCUCCAAAACUGGCACCCUCUACCCGAUUUUGGCGGUUUACAUCCCGACCCUAAUCUAACCUAUGCUCAUACUCUUGUUGACAGAGUUGACCGCGAAAAGAUUGAAUUUGGAGCAGCCUCCGAUGGUGAUGGUGACAGGAAUAUGAUCUAUGGUUAUGGCCCUGCUUUUGUUUCACCUGGUGAUUCUGUUGCUAUUAUUGCCCAAUAUGCGCCAGAUAUUCCUUACUUCGUCAAACAUGGUAUUUACGGAUUAGCGCGCUCAUUUCCUACAUCUUCGGCCAUUGAUCGUGUUGCAGCAAAGAACGGGCUGAAGUGCUAUGAAGUACCAACUGGUUGGAAAUUUUUUUGUGCCUUAUUUGAUGCUAAAAAAUUGUCAAUUUGUGGUGAAGAAUCCUUUGGUACAGGUUCCAACCAUAUCAGGGAGAAGGAUGGGCUAUGGGCUAUUAUUGCAUGGCUAAAUAUUUUGGCCAUUUAUAAUAAACGUAACCCUGGAAAGGAGGCUUCGAUUAAAACAAUCCAAGACGAAUUUUGGAACGAGUAUGGCCGUACUUUCUUCACGAGAUAUGAUUACGAGCAUAUCGAAUGCGAACAAGCAGAGAAAGUUGUAGCGCUUUUGGAUAAAUUUGUGACAGAGCCAAAUGUUGUUGGCUCUCAGUUCCCAGGUGAUAAGUCUUUAACAGUCACCGAUUGUGGUGAUUUUUCGUAUACAGACUUAGACGGUUCCAUCUCCGAAAGGCAAGGCCUAUUCGUAAAGUUAUCAGACGGGGCUAAGUUUGUUCUCAGACUAUCUGGUACAGGUAGUUCUGGUGCAACGAUAAGACUAUACAUAGAAAAGUAUUCUGAUAAUAAGGAGGAUUAUGACAAGACCGCUGAUACCUUCUUGAAACCAGUCAUUAAUUCGGUUGUGAAAUUUUUAGAAUUCAACGACAUUCUAGGAACUGAAAAGCCAACAGUUCGUACAUAG